GGGGGGGACAGCACGACGUCCCGACGCGAGCGCUCUCAUUUUGCGGUUUCUUCCGCAGCCUGGAAGCUCCUCUCUGCCCACAGCUCUUUCCGCGACACUGAAACACUGAAAGCCGCGACCUCUCCCUUCGGCUUGGUCUCCUCAGACUCCCCCCGCCCCAGCCCCGAGUGGCGCGUCCCGGGUCGCAGGUCACGCGCCGGUGGGGGCGCGGCCAGCGCGGGGCCCAGGUGAUGCCUCUUGCGGCGUCUUCGGGUGCCUGGCUGAGCGGAAUCGGCACUGGAGUGAUGGUGGGCAGGAGUCGCCUCCCCUUGGUCCUCCUGGCUGCAGCCGUCGCCUGUGCAGUGGCGCAGCACGCGCCUCCGUGGACAGAAGACUGCAGAAAAUCAACCUAUCCUCCUUCUGGACCAACCUACCGGGGCCCAGUUCCAUGGUACACCAUAAAUCUUGAUUUACCACCCUACAAAAGAUGGCACCAAUUGAUGGCUGACAAGGCACCAGCGCCUGGUAUGCUUGGCAACUUUCCUGGCCCUUUUGAAGAAGAAAUGAAGGGAAUUGCAGCUGUUACUGAUAUACCUUUAGGCGAGAUUAUUUCAUUCAAUAUUUUUUAUGAAUUUUUUACCAUGUGUACUUCAAUAAUAACAGAAGAUAAAGAAGGUCAUCUAUUGCAUGGGAGAAACAUGGAUUUUGGAGUAUUUCUUGGGUGGAACACAAAUAAUAAUACCUGGGUUGUAACUGAGGAACUAAAACCUUUAACAGUGAACUUGGACUUCCAAAGAAACAAUAAAACCGUCUUCAAGGCUGCAAGCUUUGCUGGCUAUGUGGGCAUGUUAACAGGAUUCAAACCAGGACUGUUUAGCCUGACACUAAAUGAACGCUUCAGUAUAAAUGGUGGUUAUCUGGGUGUCCUAGAAUGGAUUAUGGGAAAGAAAGAUGCCAUGUGGAUAGGGUUUAUCACUAGAUCAGUUCUGGAAAAUAGUACUAGUUAUGAAGAAGCCAAGAAUAUAUUGACCAAGACCAAGGUACUUGCCCCAGCGUACUUUAUCCUGGGAGGCAACCAGUCUGGGGAAGGUUGUGUGAUCACACGAGACAGAAAACAAUCUUUGGAUGUAUAUGAACUUGAUCCUAAGCAGGGUCGAUGGUAUGUGCUAGAAACAAACUAUGAUCGUUGGAAAAACCCCUUCUUCCUUGAUGAUCGAAGGACAGCUGCAAAGACAUGCCUAAACCGCAUAACCCAGGAGAAUAUCUCAUUUGCAACCCUAUAUGAUGUCCUGUCAACAAAACCUGUCCUCAACAAGCUGACUGUAUUCACAACCUUGAUAGAUGCUACCAAAGGUCACUAUGAAACUUACCUGCGGGACUGCCCAGACCCUUGCAUAGGUUGGUGAGCACACACCUGGCCUACAGAGUGCACCCUCUGAGACAUGAAGACACCACCGCAGAUGUGGCUGACCAGUGCAGCUGUCGCAUCUUCCAAAGACUCAGACUCAGGGCAGGUUCUCUGUGUCUUGAGCUUGUCCUCCGUACAUUCACAGUUUACAGACUAUUUUUGCCCUAACAGUUGAUUUUUCUUAUUUACAGAUAACUUCUUAAAGUGAAGUAAAACAAUCAUCCAGAAUUUUCUGAGUUUCAUUUCACUUUGACAUUUAGGGACGGGGAUGGCAAUUAAACCAUGUGGGAUCCACCUCCAUGUAAUAAAUCAAGAUUCUUUGUGUUUAAUCCAGUAUGACAGUGUGAAUACAGUAAAAGCAAAUAGUCCACACUAUUCAGUUUUUCAUUUUUAUCUACAUAUUUUUAUGUUUUUCUAUAUAGCAAUCUUUUCCUCUGGUUCUAACUACUACUAAAAUUAAUAUACCAUUUUUAUCUUGGCUGUUAAUGACGAUAUAAUUUUACUACAUGUGAUCAGAGGGAUGAGACAGACAUUCAACUGUGUAUUUCUUUCAAUGGGCAAUAAAUGGUCCUUAGACUCUAUAAAUAGUACUUUUUGGGGUUCAUGAAAUGAGCAGUAUGUAAGGUAGUCUUUUAUACAAAGAAAUGAAGUAUUCCUUUUUUCAUAAUUUCUCUACCUCCCAGUAACCCCAGGAAGUUGCUAACUUCAAAAACUGAAUUCCCAGGUUCUGUGAGUUACUAAAUAAACAUGUCAAAGACUUAUGCAAAAUAGAAAGUAAACUCAUUUAUUUUAACUUCUCUUACGUAUCAUUCAUAUAGAUUUUUAUUUUAUACUUCUGAUUAACAUGUAUUUUUUUAAACUUUUAGUAUAAUUAUCAAAAAUGUUUUUCAGAAAUCAAAUCUACAUAUGAAAAGUGCCAAUAGAACUUAUUAACCUAACUUUCACAAUUAACUGAAAUGUAUGCCAUUUGUGCAAGACUGUGUCCACUUCAUUUUGUGUAAUCUCAGUUGUAAUCAUGACACUCAAUAAAUAGUCAAUGGAA